AUGGAACCAGAAAUCAACAGGACUGACAUUGUGACUGACAUACAUCCUUGUUAUGAAAUUGAUAAUUUCAACUACAUACUGACAAAUACCCCCUCCUUUAUAUGUGUAUUGUUAUAUAUUUUUCUUGUAUUAUUGUCUGUUAUCACAAUAUGUGGAAACCUUCUUGUAAUAAUCUCCAUCCUUUACUUCAGACAGCUCCACACUCCUACUAAUUACCUCAUCCUCUCUCUGGCUGUGGCAGACGUGUUUGUAGGAGUUUUAGUCUUUCCUUUGAGCAUGGCAUUCUCUCUUAGCUCGUGUCUGUAUCAUGAGGAUUUAUUUUACAGAUAUCAUGCAGUGUGUCAGCCUCUGUCUUACAGGACUAAGAUAAAUCAUAAUGUUGUUGUAAUCAUGAUCUUGGUGAGCUGGGGCAUUUCUGCUCUAAUUGGAAUUGGUGUCAUAAUUGCAGGGUUAAACAGUGAAAAAUGUGAGGAAAGGUGUUUAAUUGAUGUUCUCAUGGCAAACACUAUUGGACCUAUUUUAUCUUUUUAUCUCCCUGUGAUCAUAAUGCUCUGUAUCUACUUGAAGAUUUUCAUUGUUGCACAGAGACAGGCACGCAGCAUCCAGAGCACAAAGUCUGCAGUCACAGUCAGUAAGAUGGAGAGAAAGGCCACCAAAACUCUGGCUAUCGUGAUGGGAAUUUUUUUGAUGUGUUGGUUUCCUUUCUUUAUUUGUAUCACCUUUCUGCCUUUUAGUAAUGAUUCAGUACCCGUGCCCGUUAUAGAAACACUUAACUGGCUUACACUGGCUAAUUCAAUGCUCAAUCCUUUCAUUUAUGCUUUCUUUUACAGCUGGUUCAGAUCAGCUUUCAGGAUGAUCAUUUCUGGAAAAAUAUUCCAAGACUUCUACAGCCGGCAUGGUCCCAGCGAACAUACCGAUGGAGCUCCGAAGGCAGUCUAA